AUGAGGUCCAAGAGCAGUGGGGUGGAGAGCCCAGCCAAUGGGGUACUCGGGGUCCCCCAGGCAACGCAUGACAUUAACCAGGAAGAGGAAGUAAAUCUGCAUACACCCAUAAAGAGUCUGAAGGUCAAAGUUCAACCAAACAAUGAGGAGUUGGUGGAGGAGGUGGUGGUGGUCUCUGACAUAGAGAAGUCAACCGAGGACAGCUCAGGGACUAGUGACCAAAGACUGGGAAUCAUGAACCUUACUAAAGAGGACCUUCUGAGGCUGCUAGGGGUCAUGGAAGGUGAGGUUCAGGUGAGUCUGACUCAUAUUGAUAAACUACCUAUGCUCACAUUGUACAUAGCUUAACAGUUAACUGUGGGGUGAACCAUUAAUCUUGUCUGCUGGGAUGUUGUUUACUUGUAUUAUCCACUAGGUGGAACCGAUUGCCAUGCUUAAUUGUAAACCCUCACAAUAUUUUUGUCCAAAAUGACAUUCAUUGUGAAUUGCUCUAUACUACACCUCCCUCUAGUGGCUGAUGUUGGUACUAACACACAUUACAUAACAUCACAGAAAACCUGUCUUACUGCUGUUUUGUAACAUGGUAACUAAUUAUGGACUUGUAAGAGUAGUCCCUUGGUGCCCUAAACGAGAUUCUUAUAAACAAUAAAUUGCUAGGUUUUUUUCAGAUUACUAAGAGAGUGUGUUUUUUGUGUGUGUAACCCACAGGCGAGGGAUGAUGUUAUCUGUGUGCUGAAGACUGAGAAGACACGUCCGGAGGCUCUGAAGUCCCACUAUGGUUCUGCAGCUCCUACCACAGCCCUCCAGGCCCUACAGAGAGACAGCCUUCUCACCAACACACAGACAGACAUUGACAAUGUCUACCAAAGACCAAUGGCUGAGGUUGGUCACCUACAGUACUGACAGAUACUUAUUACCUUAUAAAGUGACUGUAGUAUUCUUGUUAUUUUUCAAAUGAAAUGUUAUUUGUCAUGUACACAGUUUACAACAGGUAUAAAAGGUUCAGUGAAAUGCUUACACGCUACAGUAGCUCCCUCAACAAUUGCAGUACAAUGUAAUUCAUACAGACAAAUCUGGAUUUCAAAUGUUGAAGAUCAUUAGUUUGACACAUUUUGGACACCAGUUUUGUUUUACAAUAAGGAUGCAUAGAUCAACAAGACAGAUGUACAGUAGUUGACUGAAUAGUCACAGUUACAGUCUAAUGAUUCUUCUGUGUUGUGUGUUCCUCAGCUGGACCGUCUGCAGGACAAACACAAGGACACGUACCGGCGCAUGCUGGAACAGCUUCUAUUGGCUGAGAAGUGUCACCGCCGCACCGUGCAUGAGCUGGACAGCGAGAAGCGCAAACACGCUGACUACAUGAACAAGAGUGACGACUUCACUAACCUAUUGGAGCAGGAGAGAGAGAGGUAA